UGGCAAAAGUACUGCAGGUUUUUUGUCUUACGUUUGCAAUAUGGAUGAAGAUUGCAAUAAUAUGCUCGAUUUAUAUCUGGCAAAUAGAACGACAACUACUCUUCUUGAAUCUGUGUGGCCCGACGAAUAUAUUUUGUCGACGAGCAACAACAAGAUGGCCGACGACAACGUCGAACGCGACAUACAAGAUCUGUUCGAUGGUGUAACAAACCCAGAAGUUGAUCAGGAUGAUGACAAUGCAUCUUCGAGGUCAUGGGGCGAGGGACCGAGUACCAGAGGCGUGAAAGAAAUAACCGACCAAGAAAUAGCAAACCUCCCGGUUCAAGAGCUGAAUAAACUGCUCCGAAACGUUCCACGAGAAGAAGCUGCAAGGAUAAGGAAACGACGACGAAAUCUGAAAAAUCGAGGAUACUCCCUGAGCUGUCGACUUCGAAAACAGCGAGAGCAGGAAGAUCUGAUAAACAGAAAUACGUCAUUGAAAAAGCAGGUGGAAGACGGAAAAUGGAAAUUACUUAAAGUGUGGAAAGAAAAGGAGGCUUACAAGAGGAAAUAUCUGCAGUUGCAGAAAUAUUUUAUUGUUCUCAACCAGGAAGUAAAAACUUCAGAGUCACUACCUAGUCGUUAGAACUUUGAUCAAAAAGGCAGCUGUUGAAAUAAAGCUGUCCCGUGCGUUGUGAUUGUUUGGACUAUAUAUCUCAACGAUAUUUCUUGCACUUUAAAAUCGCUUUGAAAUAAAGUUUGCUCCUGUUCAUGAAAUACUGGACCGAUGAAAAAGAAUGCCGCUUUUGUUAUAACAGUUAUAAGUUAAAGAAAACCCUAUCUACCAUGCAUAUUGUAAAUUUCUACAAAAAAAAGUAUAAUCCACUGAUAACUUUACAUAUUAAUUAACUCUGGUUCCGUUUUUAGCAGUUAGCUUAAUGUAUUUAAUAGUCGAGGUCUGGCUGAGAUCAAACAGCACGUACUGCAAAUAAAAUAAAUUAUAGCUUAAAGAACUGGUGGAAUUAGUAAGGCAUUAUUCAAACCUCCUAAAUCCUUCAAACGACACUAUGGCCCACUAUUCGAGCUGGGUAAUGGUGACGGAAGAUUAAUGGAAUUACUGCGAUAGUUUUAUCGGAAUUGAUCGGUAAGAAAAGUCACAGAAAAUGCUUACAGGUUACGUGAGCGAGUAACAAGCUCUUCAUCUGAGUACUUAUUGCUGGGACGCUUUCUUUUAAUUUCAUUUUCUU